AUGGGUGCUAAUGAAGACCUUUUGGUCAACUCCCCGGACUCAAUACGACAGCGGCUUUGUGAGUGCGGAAUGGAGGAAGCGAUUUUGAAACGGCAUCCCCCUACGGCAACUCACCAACGAAAUGAAAGCAACGUUCCCAUUGACGGAAUCUUUACCACCUCAAGUGUUCCGGUUCUGGCUGGUGGCUACUACACAUUCGGUGAAUUUGUUGAAGCAGACCACAGGGCACUAUGGAUCAACAUCGACUUGAACACGGCUUUGGGCAAUUUCACACCCCAGGGGUCUACCUUUAAACCUCGGAAGCUCACCCUUUUGGAUAAGCGGUCGGUCAAACGCUAUCUUCAACUGGUGCACUUGGGAUACGAGGAGUAUGACAUCCCGUCCUGUCUCACCAAGCUCAAUCAGCGCAUUGAAUCCAAUGGAUGA